CGGGGCGGCUCCCGCCUCCCCGCGCAGCAGCGGCGGGCGCAGCGGGCAGAGCCGGCGGCGCGGCGCCAUGGCCGCGGCGGGCAGCGGCGUGGCGGCGGCGGCGGAGGCGGGCCCGGCGGGCGCGGCGUUCAGCACCGCGAACAGCGGCCGGGUGAACGGCCUGAGCCACCCGCCCGGCGCCAUCGCCAUGAAGGACCACGACGCCAUCAAGCUCUUCGUGGGGCAGAUCCCGCGCAACCUGGAGGAGAGCGACCUCAAGCCGCUCUUCGAGGAGUUCGGCAAGAUCUACGAGCUCACCGUGCUCAAGGACCGCUUCACCGGCAUGCACAAAGGCUGUGCCUUCCUCACCUACUGCGCCCGGGACUCUGCCCUCAAGGCCCAGAGCGCCCUGCACGAGCAGAAGACGCUGCCAGGGAUGAACCGCCCCAUCCAGGUGAAGCCGGCAGACAGCGAGGGCCGGGGAGAGGACAGGAAGCUCUUCGUGGGGAUGCUGGGGAAGCAGCAGAGCGAGGACGACAUCCGGCGCCUCUUCGAGCCCUUCGGCCACAUCGAGGAGUGCACCAUCCUCCGCGGGCCCGACGGAGCCAGCAAAGGAUGCGCCUUCGUGAAGUACGGCAGCCACGGCGAGGCGCAGGCGGCCAUCGGCGGCCUCCACGGCAGCCAGACCAUGCCGGGCGCCUCGUCCAGCCUGGUGGUGAAGUUUGCCGACACGGACAAGGAGCGUACCCUGCGGCGCAUGCACCAGAUGGCCGGCCAGCUGGGCAUCUUCAACCCCAUGAGCAUCCAGUUCGGCGCCUACGGGGCCUACACGCAAGCGAUCAUGCAGCAGCAGGCGGCCCUGAUGGCGGCGGCGCAGGGCACCUGCCUCAACCCCAUGGCCGCCAUCGCCGCCGCCCAGAUGCAGCAAAUGGCCGCCUUCAACGUCAGCGGGCUCGUGGCCGCCCCCCUGACCCCGUCAUCAGGGACGAGCACGCCGCCCGGCAUCAGCACGGCGCCGGUGCCCAGCAUCGCCACGCCGCUCGGGGUGAACGGCUUCAGCCCGCUGCCGCCGCAGACCAACGGGCAGCCCGCCUCCGACACCAUCUACACCAACGGCAUCCACCCCUACCCAGCUCAAAGUCCCACCGUGGCGGACCCCCUCCAGCAAGCCUACGCGGGCAUGCAGCACUACGCAGCAGCAUAUCCCACUGCCUAUGCACCCAUCAGCCAAGCCUUCCCCCAGCAAGCGCCCAUCAUCCCGCAGCAGCAGCGAGAAGGUCCCGAAGGCUGUAACCUGUUUAUUUAUCACCUGCCCCAGGAGUUCGGGGACGCGGAGCUCACGCAGAUGUUUUUGCCUUUCGGCAAUGUCAUCUCGGCCAAAGUCUUUGUGGACCGGGCCACCAACCAGAGUAAAUGCUUUGGUUUCGUCAGUUUUGACAAUCCAGCGAGCGCUCAGGCAGCCAUUCAGGCCAUGAACGGCUUCCAGAUCGGCAUGAAGAGGCUAAAAGUCCAGCUAAAGCGGCCAAAAGACGCUAACAGGCCCUACUGACCCCUGCUCGCCCCGGCCCCGCAGAGAGGUUGGGCGUCCCGCGGUGUAUGAAGAGUUUCCCCCUUCCCCACGUGCAGUAUCCAAACUUGUAACUCUCUUUCUUUGCAACAUAUCAUGGAGGAGGAGGAGGAGGAGGAGGAGGAGGAGAGGACGCGACGGAGGAGGAGGAGUGCGGAAGAGAGCGCGCGCCAUUCUGGUCGUACCUUUUCUUUUUCAUUUUGAUUUUCGGAUCGGUCUCGCGACGAGAAAGAGAGAGCGAGGAAGAGCGGGAGGAAGAGCGAGGCGCUGGCGUCGCGCAGAGGCCGGCAGCGCCUUGCCGCCGAGCGCCGGCGGAGACUUUCCGAGCCCCUUGCCGGGAGAGCGCCGCGAUUCCCGGGAGCGCCAGGCCUUGGGGCGCCUCGGCCGCCCUUUUUUUUUCCUUUUUUAAUUUUUUUUUUUAAGCACUCAUUUGCUGCUACAACUUUCCAAGGAGGAACGAGGAAGGAGGCUCCAAACGGAUUAUAAACCAAAGCCAGUGGGAUGGGACCAGGCUCACGCGCUUCACCUGGACGUUUGCUUGAAAAAGGAAAGAGAAAUCAUGUUUUUUUCCCCACACCUGGCUGAGGGAAAAAAAAAAGGGAUAAAAGGAUGUUGGACUUAUAGAAGAUAUAUAUAAAUAAGUAUAUAUAUAUAUAUAUCCCAUGGAGCAGGGUGGCAGGAGAUGCACCUCCCCCUGCUUGUCACUGGCACAGGGACAUAGGAUUACUUGUUUCAGAGUCAUAUCAUUCCUUAGAGUUUAGGGACCAAAGGACUAUUGCUUUUUUAAAUAUAUAUAUAAAUAAAUUAAUUUAAAAAAAAAGAAAACAACCGAAGAAAAAAAACAAAGCGGAAAGAAAAAAGGUUGAAACAACGAGCAGAAAACAACUUUCUCGCGUAGAAGCUGCAAGUAUUUCAAAGAGAAGCCCGGCUCGCGGGCCGGACGGGCCCGGCGGCGGCUCCCUCGGGGAGCCAGUGAGCACCUUGGGUCGUUGGCCCUUUCUUUUUUUUUCUUUUUUUCUCUUUUUUCUGGCAAAAAGAAAAAAAAAUGUUGAGGUUUCAGCAGAAAAGAGGCGAAACGAAAUAAACUUAUUUUGUCAAAGUCGUCACAUGGUUUUGUUCUUUGGAGCAAGCGCCAGCGCUGCCCCGUUGGGGUCCCGCAGCGCGCCGGGGCGGAGCAGACGCAGCCACGUGUUUCCCCCGAGAAGACGGCGCCGGCCGCCCCGCUUUGACCAGCGCCGCUGCUCUGCACGGGCUGCGCGAGCUCCCGGGUUUUUCACUCGUUUCGGCGAGGAGCGAGGACUUUCCCGGCCUCGCCGCCCCCGGGGAGCCGCUCUUUUCGUCUUUCGCACGUGUGCGUGCCUGCUUUUUCCAGGAAAGGAGGAGCCGAGGGCUGCGGCGCCGCUUUUUUUUUUCCUUUAUGGUUUCGCUGUUUUUUCCCAGCGAUUUCGAGCCGCCUGCUCUUGUUGGCUGCUGCCCUCCCCUCGAGCCCCGACCCGGAGCCAGGCGGCUUUAGCGGUGAUGUGAAAGUGGCUUUUUUUUUUUUCUUUUAGGAAAAAAUCCCACAAAUUCAAGCAAAAUCCUGCUCGGACCUGGGGCGGCCGUCAGCACCGCCGGGGCAGCUCUGCCCCCGGUUCGGUGGCUUCGGGGACGGCAGCCGGGUUCCCGCCGCCGGGCCUCCCUUGGCCUGCGAGGGCAGGGGACGCCGGUGCCCACCAGCGUUACGAGCCUGUCAGUUCUCAGCCAGUGACGCGUUGCCGCAGCCGCUCUAUAUACUAUAGCGGGUUUUUUAAGUCUCUGCUUAACUUUCUUUCUAAAUCGCAGUUGAAGCGGAGGGGCGUUUUCCCGGGGGGGCACACGCAGCUGGAGCACCGGCUGCCCACCGGGGACCGGGAAACUCGCUGUUGCUUUCUGCCGUGGCUCCGGGACUGGGGACUGGGGGUAUUUUUUUAUUUUUCCUCGUGCAGACACUUGAAUCCCUCCCGUGGGAGCCCAGGGGCUGCUGGUCAGGCGGGGGGGGCGAGGAGAGGCCCAGGCCCGUCCCCGUCCCCGCGGCGGUGGCCUGCGUCCCACCGAGGCCGCCGCUUCUCCCGCCCCACGCCGUCCCCGCCUCGCCAUCGAGCACAAACCCAGCAGGAACUGCCAUCUCUAAGGGCUAAUCUUUUGCUGCCAUAGUCUCUUGCUACCUUGAAGGACCGACCAGGAUAACCCCGGAGAGGUCUCCGUGUAAAGCUACCUCUGCCAAAAAGGCUGCUAUACCCCGCUCCGCCCCCGCGGCCCCCGGAGCCUCUCUGUCCUCGCGCCGGCUGCGCCCGCCCCGGCGAUGCCCGCGGUCCCUCCGGCGCCCCGGUUCUCUUCGGCUGCUCCUUCUUUUUGAUUUCCUUGUAGUGGAAAGCCAGACGCACGGGCGCUGACUCUGUAUCUUUGUAGUGACUGGUAUCUGCUUAGACUGAAAUAAAGCACAGUCCAGUGGGAA